AUGAAAUUUGUGGUACACUUCCUAGUGAAAACCGGCAUAAGAAGGGGCCUGUCCGAGGCACAAGAAGAAGAAGCACUCGAUGAGUCUGCACAAGUAGCUGAAUUAUCAAAUGAUUCCGAUGCACCAUUGAAACCGAACAAUGAUGAAGACGAUGAUUAUGAUCCCGAUGAUAGUCGCAAAAAGAAGAAGGGGAAGAAACGUAAAACCAAAAAGGGUGAAGAGAAAGGUCGCAAGAAGAAGAAGCGUAGGAAGAAUGAUAGCGACGAUGAUAGUGAUUUUAUGCAACAUGACGAAGAUGUCGACUAUGGUAGUACAACGAAGCGUGGCCGCAAGCGCAAGGAGGCUGAGAAGGCUACAACAAAAGAGAAGGAAUCUACUUCAUCGGGCAUGCCAUCUGUCGAAGACGUUUGUUCUGCCUUCAAUGUCACCGAUGUUGAAAUUGAUUACACCGAAACAGAUAUGCAAAAUUUAAUAUCGUACAAAUCAUUUACACAACAUGUUCGUCCUAUAUUACAAAAGGAAAACCCCAAAAUACCAGCGCCCAAGCUAAUGAUGUUAGUUGCCGCCAAGUGGCGUGAAUUUUGCGAAGUAAAUCCGAAUUUGCAAUCGGAGCAGGGGCGCAGUACAGGUGGCGAGGAGGCUGAGGAGCCACGUUCAUCGCGGUCAUCACGCAAUGAGAAGCCUGAUGAUAUUUAUGAGGAAGAAGAAGAGGAGGAAGACGAGGAGGAGGAAAAGGAAACUUCACGUUCGCGCCGCAAGCGUGGCGGUCGUUCGAGCAGCAAAAAAGGUCGACGUUCCGGCAAAGUACCAACAUUGAAAAUUAAGUUUGGCAAACGUAAACGUGGUAGUUCCGAUGAAGAUCAGGAUGCUAGCGGCGCUUCAGAGCGUGAUUCUGAUUUGGAAUUCGAGAAAAUGCUACAAAAAUCCGAUGAUAGCGCCGAUGAGAGAGAAUCUGCUGCACCUGCCGAUAAAGUAGAAGCAACAACCGAGGACGCUGCACCAGUUGUGCGCAAGAAAGCCAAAACAAAGAUAGGUAAUAAGUUUAAGAAGAAGAAGAAGCUAAAGACCACCAGCCGUUUUCCUGAUGGCGAGGAGGGUGAGCACGAACACCAAGAUUACUGUGAAGUUUGCCAGCAGGGUGGCGAAAUUAUACUUUGCGAUACAUGUCCGCGCGCUUAUCAUUUGGUUUGCUUGGAACCCGAAUUGGAUGAAGCACCCGAGGGUAAAUGGUCGUGCCCGCAUUGUGAGGCUGAUGGUGGCGCUGCCGAAGAGGAAGACGACGAUGAGCAUCAGGAAUUUUGUCGCGUAUGCAAGGAUGGCGGCGAACUGCUGUGCUGUGAUUCGUGUCCCUCAGCCUACCACACUUUCUGUCUCAAUCCACCCUUAGACACCAUACCAGAUGGCGAUUGGAAAUGUCCACGUUGCAGUUGUCCGCCACUCUCGGGCAAGGCUGAGAAAAUUAUCACAUGGCGUUGGGUUGAAUCGAAUGAGCCUUCAACUUCGAAAAAGCCGAAGGCGCGCAUGCGCGAAUACUUUGUAAAAUGGCACAACAUGUCCUAUUGGCAUUGCGAAUGGGUAUCCGAAGUGCAAAUGGAUGUGCACCACCCGCUUAUGAUACGUUCAUUCCAACGUAAAUACGAUAUGGAGGAGCCGCCAAAGUUCGAAGAGUCACUGGACGAGGCAGAUUCGCGUUAUCAACGUAUUCAGCGUCACAAGGCCAAGGGCGGCAUACAGGUCGAGGAUGAGAAUGAAGAGUACAAGAAGGACCUGGAAGACCGCUUCUACCGCAAUGGUGUAAAGCCAGAGUGGCUGAUUGUGCAGCGCGUUAUUAAUCACCGCACAGCCCGCGAUGGCACCACGAUGUAUUUGGUGAAGUGGCGCGAUUUGCCUUACGACAAGUCGACGUGGGAGGAUGAAACCGAUGAUAUACCUGGGCUGAAGCAAGCCAUUGAUUACUAUCAGGACUUACGUGCGGCCUGCACUUCAGAGUCGACAACAUCCCGCGUCGGCAAAAAGGGUAAAAAGGGGCGCAGAUCAAAGGUAAAGGAAAUUGAGGAUGAAGAUCGCGGUCAGCGACGCUAUACGCCACCACCAGAUAAACCAACUACCGACUUGAAGAAAAAAUACGAAGGCCAACCACAAUUCUUGGAUGAAACUGGGAUGCAGCUGCAUCCAUACCAGAUCGAAGGCAUCAACUGGUUGCGUUACUCUUGGGGUCAAGGCAUCGAUACCAUAUUGGCCGAUGAGAUGGGUCUUGGAAAGACCAUACAAACGGUCACUUUCUUAUAUUCGCUGUAUAAAGAGGGUCACUGCAAAGGUCCCUUCCUGGUUGCUGUACCACUCUCCACCAUCAUUAAUUGGGAGCGUGAAUUCGAGUUGUGGGCACCAGAUUUUUAUUGUAUAACGUAUGUGGGCGACAAGGAUUCGCGUGCAGUUAUACGCGAAAAUGAGUUAUCCUUCGAAGAGGGCGCCAUACGUGGCGGCAAAGCUUCGCGCCUGCGCACCACGCAAUUCAAAUUUAACGUACUGCUGACCAGCUACGAACUUAUUUCCAUGGACGCGGCUUGCUUGGGCUCCAUUGACUGGGCGGUGCUGGUCGUGGAUGAGGCGCAUCGCUUAAAGAGUAAUCAAAGCAAAUUCUUCCGCAUAUUGAAUAGCUACAACAUCGCUUACAGAAUGCUGCUGACCGGUACACCAUUGCAAAAUAAUUUGGAGGAAUUGUUCCAUCUGCUGAACUUCCUUAGUCGAGACAAAUUUAGCGACUUGAAUGCUUUCCAGAAUGAAUUUGCCGAUGUGUCGAAAGAGGAACAGGUUAAGCGUUUGCACGAAAUGCUCGGACCACACAUGCUGCGUCGUCUCAAAGCCGAUGUGCUAAAGAAUAUGCCCUCGAAAUCGGAAUUCAUUGUACGUGUGGAACUUUCGGCUAUGCAGAAGAAGUUCUACAAAUUCAUUUUAACCAAAAACUACGAGGCACUAAACUCGAAGAGCGGUGGCAACUCCUGCUCGCUGAUCAACGUCAUGAUGGAUCUGAAGAAAUGCUGCAACCAUCCCUACUUAUUCCCCUCGGCCGCUGAGGAGGCGCCCACCACUUUGGGUGGCAUGUACGAGAUAAAUGCGCUAACCAAGGCCGCGGGCAAGUUGGUUUUACUCUGUAAGAUGCUGAAGCAGCUGAAAGAGCAAGGACAUCGCGUGCUAAUCUUUUCGCAGAUGACCAAGAUGUUAGACAUACUCGAAGAUUUUCUCGAAGGCGAGGGUUACAAGUAUGAGCGCAUUGAUGGUGGUAUUACAGGCAGCUUGCGUCAGGAGGCUAUCGAUCGUUUCAAUGCGCCCGGCGCACAACAAUUCGUUUUCUUGCUCAGUACACGCGCCGGUGGUUUGGGUAUUAACUUGGCUACAGCUGACACGGUCAUCAUCUAUGACUCAGAUUGGAAUCCACACAACGACAUUCAGGCAUUUUCACGCGCUCAUCGUAUUGGCCAGGCGAACAAAGUUAUGAUAUAUCGGUUUGUGACGCGUAACUCAGUGGAGGAGCGUGUUACACAGGUGGCCAAGCGUAAGAUGAUGUUGACCCACUUGGUGGUGCGACCUGGCAUGGGCGGUAAAGGCGCGAACUUCACUAAGCAAGAAUUGGAUGAUAUUCUACGUUUCGGUACGGAGGAGCUGUUCAAAGAAGAUGGCGAUAAGGAAGAGGCAAUUCAUUACGAUGACAGGGCUGUGGCUGAGUUGCUUGAUCGCUCGAAUCGUGGUAUUGAAGAGAAGGAGUCGUGGGCUAAUGAGUAUUUGUCCUCAUUUAAGGUGGCCUCGUAUGCCACCAAAGAAGAGGAUGAGGAAGAGGAGACGGAAAUCAUUAAACAGGAAGCCGAAAACUCUGAUCCGGCAUAUUGGGUAAAGCUGUUGCGCCACCACUACGAGCAGCAUCAGGAAGAUGUCAGCCGCACACUCGGCAAAGGUAAGCGUGUGCGCAAGCAGGUCAACUAUACCGAUGGUGGCGUUGUGCCAGCGGAUACAACACGCGACGAUGGCAAUUGGCAAGAUAAUACUUCCGAAUACAAUUCCGAUUAUUCGGCCGGCUCAGAAGAGGAUGGCGGCGAUGACGAUUUCGAUGAGCAGAAUGGCGCUGUAGACGGCCGCAAAGCCAAGCGUCGUGUGGAACGCCGCGACGACCGUCCAUUGCCGCCCUUGUUGGCACGUGUCGGCGGCAACAUUGAAGUGCUGGGUUUCAAUGCGCGUCAACGCAAGAGUUUCUUAAACGCAAUCAUGCGCUUCGGCAUGCCGCCACAGGAUGCCUUCAACUCACAGUGGCUGGUGCGAGAUUUGCGCGGAAAAUCCGAGCGCAACUUCAAGGCUUAUGUGUCGCUCUUUAUGCGUCAUCUAUGCGAGCCGGGCGCAGAUAACGCUGAGGCGUUUGCUGAUGGCGUGCCGCGUGAAGGUUUAUCACGUCAACAUGUGUUGACACGCAUUGGCGUCAUGUCGUUGAUACGCAAGAAGGUGCAGGAGUUUGAACACAUCAACGGCUACUAUAGCAUGCCCGAGCUAAUACUGAAGCCGUGUGAGCCUGUGCGCGGUCAAAUCGGUGGCCUGCCGAAGCUGAUUGAUGGUCAGCCAGUUGCAGCGGGUGGAGAGGCUGAAGGUGCAAAGCUAACUGAAGACAAGAGCGCUACGACGAGCACUAGCGCCACACCGGCUACGAGUGCUGCGCCAAGCCCCGCACCAGCAUCGGAAAAGGGCGAAGACAAGACGGCGAAUGAUGAUAUUAAAAAAGAAAACGAGUCCGGCAAUGCUUUAAGUGGCGAUGCUAACGAGCAGAAAUCUGAAUUGAGUAGUGAGAUAAAGGAUGAACAGAAGGUUGAGGUCUCAUCAUCGAGCGGUGAUGCGAAAAGCGAGAAGAGCGAAGAAAAAGAUAAAACUGAAGGCGAGCUUGGAAAAGAUGUCAAAAUGGAGACCACCGAAGGUGGCGGCAGUGAAUUAAAGAAUGAAGACGACGGCGACGGUGGCUCAUCUAAAGACGCUAAAGACUCCAAGAAAGAUGCAACCAAUGCCGUAAAGGACGAAAGUAAGCCAGAACAGAAGCCUAAAGAAGAGCCAACCACGACAAUUAUCGACGACGACGAUGACGACGUGAUGAUCGUCAAAGAAGAUGGUGAAUUGGAGAAACCCACCACAUCGGCCAACACAUCGAGUGGCUCGCUUGGCACCACUGCCGCUAAUGGUAAGGAACAAAAACCGAAGAUCGAAGAGAGUCUCGAAGUGUUAAAACGCAAAUUUAUGUUCAACAUCGCCGAUGGUGGCUUCACCGAGUUACACACUCUCUGGCUGAACGAGGAGAAGGCCGCCGUGCCAGGGCGUGAGUAUGAAAUUUGGCAUCGGCGCCACGACUAUUGGCUGCUGGCGGGCAUUGUCACACAUGGUUACGGCCGCUGGCAAGACAUACAAAACGACAUACGCUUUGCUAUCAUCAAUGAACCUUUCAAAAUGGAUGUUGGUAAAGGAAACUUCUUGGAGAUAAAGAAUAAAUUUUUGGCGCGUCGCUUUAAACUGCUCGAGCAGGCAUUGGUUAUUGAGGAGCAAUUGCGACGCGCGGCAUUCCUUAAUUUGACACAAGAUCCAAAUCAUCCGGCAAUGUCGCUAAAUGCACGCUUCGCUGAAGUCGAAUGUCUCGCCGAGUCGCAUCAGCACUUGAGCAAGGAAUCGCUGGCCGGCAAUAAGCCAGCCAACGCUGUGCUGCACAAAGUGCUCAAUCAGUUGGAGGAGCUGCUGUCCGAUAUGAAGAGCGAUGUUUCGCGUUUACCUGCCACAUUGGCGCGCAUACCACCCGUGGCGCAACGCCUGCAGAUGUCUGAGCGCUCGAUACUCUCGCGCUUGGCUGCCACAGCGGGCAAUACAUCUAAUGCGGCCCAACUAAUGGCGCAGUUUCCAGCCGGUUUCCAAGGCACCACCUUGCCCGCUUUCGCUGGUGGCCCAGCAGGAAAUUUCGCUUCAUUCAGACCACAAUUCUCCGUACCUGGGCAAUUGUCCAGCACAACUGGCAGCAACGCAACAAACAAUUAAUACAACUUACACUUUUAAUUUUGUGUUUAUGUUAUUUUUUAAAAUACAUAUUCUUUGCGUACUCUUUAAUUUUAAAAUUUAAUUUCAUUCUCACAUAAAAAUAUGCAAAAUUAUAUGUAUGAAUAUGUUUAGUUAUAAACAGCAUCAAAAUAUAGAACCAAACUAUUAAAAACAUCUUCUUUAUUGCCAAAUAAUUUAUUUGUAACAUUUGAGUAAUAAACUUGCAUUACAAUACAUAAUAACCACAUAACGAUAACAAAUCACCGAUUUUGCGCUCUACAACAUAUGAAGCAAAUGUGUUGGACGUAAGCGUCGAUCAGAGAAUAGUACUCAGGCUAGAAAAAUAAUCCGAUUAGUAAACAUAUGUAUGUAAGAAUUCCUCAGUUCGAAGAUUACGCGACAUUGACAAAUUAUUCAUUGGGUCUGGUUUUUUUUUCCACGUCGCCGGCUGUUUCUUUUGCCGGCUGUCGGGCUGUUUGAGAGAGUAAUUGGUGUCUCAAAUCAGCCUGAGAUCGCUCGGACUUUUUUGCGGGCAAGCUUGUUAAAUUGCCAGAAGAAGAAAAAUUAAAAAUACGCAUUUAUCACAUAUUUUUCUGUAUCAUUUGUGCAACUAAUUUAAUCCUUUUACAUUUAGUUUCGGCACGAAAAUGGGUUUUUUGCGUUCCCGUUCUUCUGGGCAGUUUCCCUUUUUUUUGUGACGAAUUUCGUACUUACGCUCAUUUGCCAGAAACUUGCCAAAUUUUUGUGUAAAAAUCAAUAUUCCUGUACAUGUAUGAACUUGGCUAAUAUCCACAUCUGUUUAUAUAAUAUAUCGAUUCCAGCGCCACCUAUCGGAUCAAUUUUUAUACAAUUGUUGUUUACUUUAGUGUACGUUUAAGAAAUAAGUCAAAUCGAACUACAAAUACCAAAUUUUCAAAUAUUUUAACAUCGGCGCCACCUACCAGGUAUAACUUAAGCAUAUACCUGUCCAGGUGACCCCAUAAAUUCAAAAACUAAAUUUCAUCAACAUCGCAGACGUAGGAACAGUAAGAAUUCGCACGGAGCCAAAUCAGGUGAUUGAUUAAGGGGCUUUUGAAGUGAUUAAAAGGUUUCUUUGGGUUGUUGGAACAGGACGUUGUUCACUGACCGGAUUUUUUCAAGUCGAUCACGGCCCGAAUCAUGAUAUACGUGAUCGAAUGAUUACUCCUUUACAUCCGGUUUCACGAGCAAUUUAAAUGGAAAAUGAUUUUUUAUUUUCUGUCAAUUUCCAUAUAAAAUUCAUAAAAUUAAAACGAUUUUUCACUUAAAUUGCUGUCAUGAAAUUCGCUGCUAGAAUCAAAUGAAAUAAAAGAAUCUCAAAAUGAGUUUCAUUCAAUUUAGAAGCCGUGAUUCGGGCUCUGGUUAUGUUGAAUCCUGAGAUACCGGUUAUAAAUACACCUUAAAAAUGGACGAAAAUUAGUUUGAUAGUGUCUCAGUUAGAGGCCUGUUAAAUAGAAAAUCCCAGGUACUAUGUGAACAGUAUGUCACUUCAAUAAACUGCUUGAACAACACUGUAGGGCCGCUAAAAUGACACCAAAAACCCCCAAAACAGGUGAAUUUCCCAAUCAGGCCAUUUUCCUCAAGAUUUUUUGCACAAGUUCAGCCAUGUACGAUAUGGCGUAUAAGUAACAUUAUUUCCUGCCCCUAUUUCAUACAAAAAAUUAUUCCACAUUUUCAUUUGAAGAUUCACAACUUGAUUAUUUAUCCAUCUAUUUUCAUCAUUAGUAGCUUUAAUUUUUUGCAAAAGAGCAGGCUUUAAUUCUUUUCAGUUAAAUUUUCUUUUAUUAAAUUUGUUUCCAUAAAAAUUAAAAACGGUAUAUAGUAGAUCCGUUAUCUUCGACCCUAUAUUAAGUUCACGUGUUUCGGGGUUUAGGGGUAUUUUUGUGUCAUUUCAAAACUUGCGAUUUACCAAUAGUGAUAUCGGCGUUCCAAUCAACUACAUGUAUUUUGUCAUUAAAUAACUUGCGAAAUGAAGCUCCCGAACUAACAAGCAAAAGGUAAAAAAUGUUAUGCUGAACUAGGCAUAAAGUGUUUAUGUGUUAUGUAUUUUCUCAAAAUUUAGAGGAAAUAAGAUUACAACAUUUUUAAGAACCAAGUAAAAUAUAUGUAAAAAAAAGGCAGGGUCUAAUACCGUCACUGUUAUUGACACUGUGCACACAGCAUUGUGAAAUAUGUUGUAGAGCACAAAAAAAAAA